AUGAAAGCUUCCUCCUCGAAGCCUAAAUCGAAGCCGAACGGGCUAAGCGGCGGCUCUCUACUCGCAAAAGCGAAAUCUAAAGCGGGUGGACCCGGAUCGAGACCGGCCGCAGCCGCGUCGACCAUAGCGGGAGUAGCAGUGCCUGUGAGCGAGGUGGACGCGGAAAGCAGCGUUGCUCCGUCGCCAAUACCAGAAUCUGCAGCAGCUCCUGCGGAGUUUGAUGCAGCGGAUUCCAAGAAUCUACCUGUGGUCACUGCUGAUCACACUGACACGGCCGAGGACAUCGAUUCUGACGACGAUUUGAUUAAUUACUACAAUGAAACCCUGCAGGAACUCGUCGAGGACAAGAAAUCUGAGCUUCUGUACAUGAAAACGUUUCUCAACAAGAUCGCGGACGAGGUUUUGCCCGAUCCAGCUUUGAAUCAGAAGUUGCACAUGGGGUUCUACAGGUUGCUGAUGAACAGAAUGGAGGAGAUUGAAGAAUUAAUGGACAUUCUGAUGUCGGCGCCGGAUAAUUCUAGUAGUGCAGAUUCAUCUUCUAUCCACAGUAAAUUUCCCGUACAACACGUAAGAGCAAAUCCAAAUGCGGUGUCUGCAUGACAAAACCAGGCUUCCAUCCUAGUUUAGCAUGACAAGUGAUGUUACGCGCCAACUUGGUAAAAUUUGUGAUGCAUCUUGGGCAUGUUGUACGCAAAAGUUGUAUUGCAUAUCUUCCACCGGUGGACCAGGUAAAAUCACUCUCGACAUCAUCCAGCGCGCCAGCGAGUACGACAUUCCGGAAGAGUAUGGAUGUGUCAUGACCGAAAUCGACAAAAUCGAAAAACUUGUGACGCAUAAAAUGUAGGCCACUGAAGGCCUGUAUUGGGGAACAGGCAAAUGAGACCGAUUGCAAGCCUGGUGUUUAGGGGUAUGCAAUGUGCUGUCAGAGUAGCAUGACAGGAGCAGUCUUCUUUGCCCAAGCAGCACGACAGACUGGAUGUGGGUGCUCCCGAAAUUUGUCAUGCACCACUCGAAAACUGAAGCCCCAACUGAUAUCGAUUUUGUGCAUCACAAAUUUUUUGACUUUGUCAAUUUCGACUCUGACACUUCCAUAAAGAGCUUCUUCAGGCCGGAAGGCAGCGGCUGCAGGAAGACCAAGUAUUGGAGCAAAACCGGUUCUGGCACGGGCGAAACGCUAUGGAUUGCAAAAAUGUCUGGGUCUGGAAGAAUGCGAGAUCUGUCAUGCAGUUUUUGCCUGACCCAGAUCGUCUGGCAUGCAAGCUCUAGCAUCACAGAUUUUAAGCACUUAUUCCAAUGCCUAAUCCGCAUGACAAAUCCUCUCUCUCGGAAACAAGAAAUGGGGCUUUUUGAUAGCCAUGCAUGACAGAUUUUAUCAUGAUGUAGAAUUCGCAUCACAAAUUCGAAUCCUUCCAGACCCAGACAUUUUUGCAUUUGAUAAACGCGAGCGCUGUAGCAGGGAAUCAAAAUCGAAACAACAGUACUUCUAACGGAGGUUCUUCCUCUCCAAACACAACGAAAAAGCAACUACUAGACCAGUUGAAACUCCAGCAGGCGGAAGAGCAGGCAAAACUAGUCGAAAAAACGGAAAAGUUGAAAUUGAAAAUGCUCGGGUUUUGGACCUUGCACGAGAAAAUCGAGAAUUUUGAGCAGAGGAAACAUGGUUCAACUUUAUUCCAAGAAGUGUUGAAGUUCUUCGAUGUCUACGCCAACCCUCUGAUGUUGGACUUGGAUUGCGUUUUACCCGCGCCAGAUGUUGCUUCUGUUUCUGGAAGUGCCGCAGGAGGAGGGGUGAAAUCGUUCGCCCGCAGCGGUGCUUCUUCCUCCUCCAGCACGAAGCCGAAGACCGGGAAAACCCUUUUGCAGCGCAUCUGCAACUCGACAAAGCUCCCCCACGAACUGCAGCUGCAAUUGCUCGAGCACUUGCUAAAAAAAGGCGCGCACAUGCAGCUCGCGGUGUCCUACUACGUGUCCGCGCAGAUGUUCAACUCCCAAAUCGGCGGUGGGGCGGAGCAGCCAUACACUUUCAGCCACAUUGAGGAAAUUGUCCGGUUGUUUGUCUCGCAUUUCCAAACACAGCAUCAAGCGGUUUCUGAACAAGGCGGCAGCAGCACGUCCUUUCACGAGGAGGAUUUUGAAAGCUGUAUCGCCGCUUUGGGAGAAACGGUCGAUGGAAAAUUGCACGGAUUUGGGUACUUGAAUAUGAUGAGCGGAGCAAUAGACCAUGAACUGCAAGGUGGUCAACAUAUCAAACAAAAAAGUGUAGUUAACGUUAACGGUUUCCAUAGAUGAUCGCAAAUAUGCAUGACAAAUUUUGCCUAGCAUGCAUGCACGCUAUGCUUGACAAAUUUGGGCACAUUUUGUGAUGCAUAUACUGCAUCACAAAUUCCGUUAACGUUAACGCUUUUUCCUGUGAUACAGCAAGAAGAUCCGAACGCAGCAAUUCUCGAAGCGACCACACUCUCCCACAAACUCCGGGAUCAUUUAGCAACAGUUUACGACAAUUGGAAGCAGAAACUGCUUAAAAAAUCUUCCUCCGCGAGCCUGUCAUCAACAGGCGAUGGCAGUAUGCAAAUCGGCUUACCACUCUCCAAACCCUGGCCACAACUCUUCCGGGAUGUCUUGAUGCCGACUAGCGACCGUGACACAUCCGCGGACGCUGCGAACCAACUGAAAAAAAUCCAGCAUAUGAAAUGCAAAUAUGUCUAGGUCUGGAAGAAUGCAUGUUUGUCAUGCUUGUCUGGCAUGACUCUUAGACCUGUCAUGCACGUUGCCCAAGAGCUUCACUUUUCUGUGAUGCUGGAACGCAGUUUGUCAUGCAGAAUAGGCAACACCUAGAAGCUCAGAAACUUGUCAUGCUGAGCCAGUAUUUGUGGCCUCAUCAUGAGACGCCACCCAGCAUCACAAGUUUCCAGACCCAGACACAUUUGCAUUUGAUACCGCAGACCGUCGAGCAAAUUUGCGCUUGGAACGGGAAAAAGAUCUUAAACGAGCCGGUGGUUAGCAACACGGGAGCGAACAUGCUGUUUAUGUAAGAAAAAAACUGUAAUGUAAGUGUAAAUCUGUGAUGCAGAAAAUGCAAAACAGUCACACUUGUCAUGCCACACGGCCAUGAAGUCCUUUUUUCAUGUGUAUUUUCCCUUACAAGCCACGCAUGACAGGUUUUCUCUGUCAUGUAGAGCAAAUUUGUGAUGCUGUCAGCCAAAGAAAGUUACACUAAACACAGUUUUUUUCUUGGAUACUGUUUUUCUGUUCCUCAAUAACGAUAGCGCAACCUCCAUCGUCUACAACUACUUCUUCUAAAACGGGUCCAAUUCCACCGACCGGGAACAGCAACAAUAUCAAACCAGAAGCGAUCAAAUUCCUUUUGAAAAAGCUCGCCACCUACCGUCCGGCGAGUGAGUAUUUUCUGACCGACAUUUCUGGAACGACGAUCCUCCAAAAAGCCCUAGCCUGCUCCGACGACGUGGCUUCGUUGAAGCAGGAGGUUGCGCAACUACUUGUUUUGUCAGAAGCGUCCGCCUUCACCGGUUUGGAUUUGUUGUACUUGCAAAACUCGGAAGGCAACAACAUUUUGGACUUCCUCCUGCAAGAGCAGUCGGGCGGAGACACCCAGGCGAUGAAACUGCGGAAUUGGCUGAAAGACACGUUCGGAAACAGCAACACAAACGGACUCGGCAUCGGGAUGGAGUUGUUCGGGGAUUUUACCGAUUCGGGAAAGACGAACUUGAACAAAAUGGUGCUCGGAGGUGGCGGUGGCGGAAAAAGUGGAAUUAGCAUGGCGCCCGGGGGUAUGAACUACUGCAAAAUCAUCGCACUAGUAGAAACCAGCCAUGCUCCGGCUGCCGCCGGAGCGCAAGGCUGUUGGGCCGGGGCAAGACAGUUUGCCGAUCGGACCACAACGCCACGCGCCGGUGCACAGCGAAAGAUACUGGGGUCCUGCUGCACAACGGAACAUACUGGAGUUUGCGCCGCGCCAACCCGCAGGACCACUUGCGCGCUUCCCGCGCCUGUGGGCGCUCUGCGCAGGGAGCAGCUGCAAAGAACACCGGGGGCGAACAGAAGCCGCCCGGCGCGAGAGGGUAGCGCGAGAGGGUGGCGCGGGAGGGUGGCGCGAGAGGGUGUGCGAGAGGGUGGCGCGAGAGGGUGCGCGAGAGGGUGGCGCGAGAGGGUGGCGCGAGAGGGUGCGCGAGAGGGUGGCGCGAGAGGGUGCGCGAGAGGGUGCGCGAGAGGGUGGCGCGGAAAGGCGCCGAACAAAACAAGUCCGCGAAUGGCCUGCAAUGCCAAAUAUGGGGAGUGCCAUGGGGAUUCGCGCCCGCUUGGGUGUGCUUUUACCCUCUCGCAGACCUCCCGCAGACCCUCUGUCUGACCUCUUUUGGGGGUCCCCGCUAAUAGUCCGGCUAUACUCGUGGGUAGAGGUCGACAGAGGUGGCCGAGAGGUGGCCAAGAGGGUCCGCGAGAGGUCGCCCCUUAUUCGCGCCACCUCUCUCCACCUCUGUCGACCUCUCGCGCCCCCUCUUUUUGACCUCUCUGCACCCUCUCAGGCACUUAGGCGGCGCUUUAGGGUGAGCGCUUCGGCGGGCCAUACUCGCGCACCCUCUCGCCGACCCUCUCGAAUGGGGUCCCGCGCCACCUCUCCACCUCUGCCGACCUCUUUUUUACCUCUUUUGACCUCUUUCUGCCCUCUCGGCCACCUCUUGUUUACCCUCUGUCUACCUCUUUUUUCGCAUGAAUAUGAUAUAUAGUAAUCACAUCACAAAUUUGGUCAGCGUUACAAAUGGAAUUUGUAAUGCGGAUUCGGCUUAAGAGCGAGAGAGUUGUAAUGCGUGGCUGCAAUUACUACGAGUGCGAUACUUUUGCAGUUCAUAGGGGGUAAGCUGCUAACGGCGGAAGAAGUUUUGUCCGAGGCAAACUUAUCCGGACCGAGCGGCAGAGCGUUUCAGGACGCGACACGGGAAUUGAAAAAUAUGUCGGCGGAUGAAAUCAGGGGGAAUUCGGCCAGAUACCAAGAAGUGAAAGCGGCAAGAGAUUUUUCAGAUGUGAUGGGAGUUUCAUGAUCGAAUUAUGAACUUUAUCCAUGAAACACAUGGAAAUGGAUCGUGUUCAAGUUCACCAUGAGACUGCGGACACAUAAAUCAAUGG